AUGGCAGAGAAGCAAGGUCAUAUCAAAGUGAUUAUUGUGGGGGGUUCAAUAGCAGGACUGACACUUGCGCAUUGUCUAGAACAGGGAGGAAUUGACUUCAUUGUCCUGGAGGGUCACCGUGAAAUUGCUCCUCAGGUCGGCGCCUCAAUUGGUCUCUUACCAAACGGUGCCCGCGUGCUGGAUCAACUUGGGAUAUGGGAUAGCAUUGAGAGGAUAACUGAACCCUUGAAAAGAUUCAGGGUCUGGACAGGAGAUGGUAAACUUUUGUCAGAAGGAGACGUUCCAGAGCUUAUACAAGCACGGACUGGAUACCCAAGCGUAUUCCUUGACCGUCAGCUUGUGCUCCAGGUGCUUUCCGACCGCCUCCUAAAUCCCUCAAGGGUCCUUCUAAGGAAAAGGGUUGUAUCAGUGGACCACUCUGCUGUGGGUGUCACCGUGCAUUGCAAAGAUGGUUCACAGUACACAGGCGAUGUUGUGGUUGGAGCAGACGGAAUCCACAGUGUGAUCAGAGAAGAAAUGUGGCGUUAUUGCGAGGGGCGCGAUGGCUUGGAAAUUGUGGCCAAAGACAAGAGAGGCCUUGGUGUACCUCAGCUGACACCGACCAACCCACCAGCCAUAACAGCAACGUUUCGAUGCUUAUUUGGCAUCUCAUCUUCCAUACUAGGACUAGUCCCUGGGGAUGCGCAUCGAGUAUGGAACGAAGGAUGGUCCGCUUUGGUAAUCAUAGGAAAGGAGGGACGCUGCUUCUGGUUUAUAUUCGAGAAACUCGAUAAGACAUACACAGCGGGGAAUAUCCCAAGGUUUAACAAAGCGGACGAGGCAUCAUUUGCUAAAACCUACAUGGAUCGCUGCCUUAUCGGCACUUUGGCCUUCAAGGAUCUCUGGGAGAGCAGAAUCACCUCUUCUCUGCUCGCUCUGGAAGAAGCUCAGCAUGAACAUUGGACGGUGGGUCGAUUUGUUUGUAUAGGAGAUUCCAUCCAUAAGAUGACCCCGCACUCAGGGCAGGGUGGGAACAACGCUAUUGAAAGUGCAGCUGCUUUAGCCAAUAGUAUCAUUGAAGCCGAGAGAUGCGAAGCCAGUGGUAUCUCAUCACUAAAGGCAAUAACUCGCUCUUUGGAGCUAUAUGAAUCGAGUCGUCGAUAUCGGGCCAACGAAACGUGUGCAAUUGCAAGCAAGCUUACGCGCAUUGAAGUAAUGGAAGGCCUCAUGGGCAAGUUUAUCUGCAAAUAUGUGUUGCCACGUCUUGGUGAUAAGGUAGCCGAUGAGGCCUGUGAAGCCAUUGUUGGAGCCACCAAACUGAACUAUCUCCCAGUUCCAAGGAGAUCACCAAGUGGGAUGAUGCCAUUCGACCCCCACAUGGGCCUGGGGCAAUCGGAAGAUAAACUGUACCGUGCUGCAUUUGCUCUCCCCUUUUUAGCAGUUGCAUGCUUCGCAGCAUUUUGUCCCAUUUUACAACCUUCUUCCAGCUUUCCUGGAUUGCAUUCUUUGAAUGGCAUAACCAAGGAUGGAUUGGCAGGUGUCAUUUCCCAGUUCGCUGGUACUGACCCAGUCCAAAACUGCUACUUGGCGACUUACCUUGGAGGUCUUACCGCUGUGCAAACCAUCUGGGCUGUUGAAAGUGUGCGGCGUGGCAAUCGCGGACUAUUGUCAUUCCUUUCGCCCUUAGUCUUAGGCUGCCUUUCCCAGUCCAAGGGCAUCUGCUUUGUUGCACCUUUGUACAGUUUUAUCCACUAUGUUCAGACUCCGCAGGAGAUCUAUCAUGCUGCGGACAAUCGCAUGGUACCAAUAAGCCACGCCAAAGCAGUCAUACCGGCUAUUGUUUUUGGUUACAUAGCGCCUACCAUUGCUCUAUUCUUGCCCGUAUCUGCUGAAAGGCGUGACAUGAUCAUCUUCGUUUGGCGGUUACACCCUCUGUGGACUACCAUAAUACACUGCAUAGUCAGAUCGACUUUCAGGGAUACUACGCAGCGUGAUAGGAUCCGAGCACCCACUACCGAUAUGCCCCAUCUACGCCGCACCUAUUUGCUGUUUGCGGUUCUCUCUGGCCUCGCCCAUACUUAUGCCUGGGUCACAUCUCCAGUCCCACUACAGACGUUUCUUGUGAGCAACAUGUUAUCAUUCCCACUUCGCACUGCUAUUCAAUCCGGUAAAUUCGAGCAGUGGCACCAGCUUAAUCAAGCCAUUGUUUUUGGCUCUGGUCUCCUAUUUGGAUUGCUUCACUUUCGAGAUAUGAAAAAGGCAAAGAAGGUACGGGUGGGGUGGAUCAAGGUGCUUUGCGUAUUUGGUGGAACAUUGCUUUUUCUUGGGCCUGGCUCUACAUUGGUCUUGGUGUGGGCUUGGAGGGAGGAGAUCUUGGCUUCAGCACGCCCAAUUUUAGGCUAG